UAUCAUUCGUUUUCCGCUGAGGAGCGUGUUCGCACGAACCCUAACUGACCCACGCGACCUGCGAGAGCGAUUGCGAUCGAUUGACGGAGAUUCGAAGCGCCUAGCCAUGGAAUCGGCAGCUCGCAGAAGCGGAGGCGGCCUCCUCGAAGGCUUCUACCGGGUCAUCAUGCGCCGGAACUCCGUCUACGUCACCUUCGUCGUCGCCGGAGCUUUUCUCGGAGAACGGGCUGUGGACUACGGAGUUCAUAAGCUCUGGGAGUACAACAACGUUGGGAAACGGUACGAGGACAUUCCAGUUUUGGGUCAAAGGCAAUCAGAAGAGUGAUAUUUUUCCUCCUGACAACUGCAGCAUGUAUUUAUGCUUCUGAGUUCUUGGAGGAUGCAUUUGUGUUGCACUUUCCAUUCUUGAAUAAGUUUCAUGCGCAUGGUUGCCUCAAAACUUAAUUUUGUAACCUUGUGUUACUAAAAUGUUUCUCUUUGUGGAAUCAUCAGUGGCAGUAUUUACUGAAUUUCAGCUGUUUUUUGCCCAA